AUGCCAAAAAGUUUUAAGAAUAAUAUCUCUGUAAGGCGAAAGCGAUACACGAUUAAUAUUGAACGUGAAAUAGAUGACAAUUAUGUGAGUGUUCAAAUUAUACCAAAUGGGCUCCGAAAGAAACAGCUCAUCAAUUGCAUAAUAGUGGUGAUAUUUAAUGCAUGGAUCAUACUUCCCGAGCAUACAUUUUUUGAAAGUUUUACAACUUACAUUGUAUUGAUCAAAUCAUUGAUAUUCCUAUUCAGUUGUAUGAUUUUGAAGAACCCUACGAUUGAAAGAUUGACUAUAUUUAAAAACUGUGGUAUUCAAACUUCAGAAAUAAGUGGAUUGAGCGUCCUUCCAGAUACGCUCAAUAAUAUAAUUUGUUCCCCACGGGCAACAUUUAUUCCAAAAGAUAGAAUAGUAGAUGUUAUCAUCAAUGAGGGAUUUGUAAAGGAAUGUCAAGUCAUAUUUUAUUUAGCUGCUAUUUUGAGAGGUCAGAAUAAACUAAAAUUACUGUUUUCCAACAAUAGACCCAGAUUAGUUGACCAAAAGACUGUAUAUAACCUAGUUAGAAAAUGUCUCUAUUUGAAACAUGAACCAUUGCUAGUAGAGUAG